AUGGGUAUAUUUGCCUUGUACUCCAAUCAAAAUGCUUCUCAACAAAAAGAAAAUCUCUCAACAGUAUUCCAAUACCCUAUUCGAGAGGACAAUUAUUACACAAAUGAAUUCUACAUCCGUAAAGCGAAAUAUAUUGACACUUUGAAAACUCAGUUACACAGUUAUUACCCAUCUCUCAUAGGAUCACCGGCAUUUCUUGCAACAGCUUAUUAUUCAGCGGGUGCAAAUCGCGUAUAUGUAUAUUCAGGAUUUCUACAACCUCCACUUUAUUAUGAAAAUGGUAGUUUAGCUUCGAAAUUCGGAGCACUUGGUUGGAUUAUAAGUCAUGAGAUUAUGCACGGAAUAGGUAUCCAAGGUGUACUGUAUGAUGAGAAUUGGAAUAAACGGACUUCGUACGAUGCUUUAAUGUCAUCCACUUUGAUACAUUUGAAGACUGUAUGUCUGAGUCAUCAGUAUGUUUCCUAUAAUUACACUCAUUUAAAAGCUUUUCGCACUGAUACUCAAGAAGAAAUGUUGGCUGACAAUGAUGGAUUAAAAGCGUCGUACCACACAUACAAGCGUUUGUUGAAGACGUUCUCGAACAAUGUUAGCCAAGAUAACCAUGAUUCACUUGAAUCUGAUCGACUGUUCUUCCUCUCGUUUGCACAAGCUAUGUGUGGACAUCACGGUGAGAAAAUACUUACACAAAGUGCAGUAGUUAUACCUCAUGUCUUGGAAAAGUUUAGAGUGAUCGGGGCGUUGGUCAAUAGUAGAAGAUUCGCACGUGCAUAUGGUUGUCCAGUUGGUUCACCAAUGAAUCCUGUUACAAAAUGCGAUGCAUGGUAAAACCAUUAUGAAUUACAUAUUUGACACGCUAAACGUGUUUUGGGACGUUUCAACAUUUGAGUGAUUUAUUUGCACUUUCUUAAACAAAUCUUUAAAAUACACAAUUCUCAUCUUUGGUUUUAUUUUAUGAUUCGAUUCACUAUUCAUGUGAAAUACCUAUUUAUCGAUAAUAAAACUUUAUUUCAGCAUGAGUCAAUAUACUCCAAUUUCUUUUCCUCAAAAUGAGUAACCAACUUAUAUUGUUUUACGCCUAAUAUUUAAAUCAAAUAAAAUUUAGUUAGCCUAAUCAUCGCAUGUUCUUAAUUCAAAAUUUCAGCUUCCCAUUUAGUAGAAUUCACUAACUUACAAUCUACACUACUUGAAAAUACAUAUUC